AUGAGAACAAACACUAAGCUGCCUCUCCCAGAGAGACCACAAAGAACAUUCAGAGGCCUCCAGGCCCCCCUCCUGGAUAAACCAAUCCCACUGCCCCCCACCAUUAAGGUGGAAAAAGGGGGGUCUUCUGUCUGGAAUGCUCAAGAGCAAAGGCCAAGCCCAUCGUUACCCAAAUUAGAGUUCCAGCCACAUGUGGAGUCUAGCAAUUCAGCAACCAUCCAGAAACCCCUAAGGAUUGUCUACAGCACCUUGGGAACACCCCACAGCCUUGAGAGCCUCAAGAAGAGCACACAACACCUUAAGACAGAGGCAUGCAGUAUCUCUACCCUGUCAAGUAGUGGCUACUCAGCCGAUGAGGAAAGCAGCAAGGCCAGUCUGGUUAAGAGCAAGCAAACUGUGCGGCUAACUAAGAGGCUCACCACCCAAGUAAACAGCACCCAGAGCAGUGAGCAGUCCAUCAAGUCCUCUCCAGGUGCAUUAAAGAUUCGAAGACUGAAGAGCCAAGGUCAGGACACCCAGCAGGCUGGAGGGGAAAAGCAACACCAGUCUGCCUAGUGGCAGGAUCAACAGCCUGAGUAGCAUCAGCUUCCUUAGCCCAGGCAGCAGCUUCCUAUCCUACCAGGUGAGCAGUGGACUUCUCAGUUCCACCAACAGCAGGCCUUCCAGCAAGGCUAACAGUGUCCAGAACAUCAGGGUGGACUGCAGUGAGCAGGGUGAGCCAAGAAGCAACACAAAUCUCCAGGAGGACAAGGCCAAGGACACAGAAGAAAGCAGCAGCCAGCCCACCCAGGCUGAGAAGCCCGCCCAGGCUGAGAAUUCCACCCAGGAGCCCAUGACUUUAAGAGGAGACUCUUCAGCUCCUGCUAAUACGCAAACAUGAGGACCCAACAAGCCCGGAUUGACCUGGGACAAUCAUUGGUAACGUAGAAAGAGCUGAAGAAGUGGGCGCUGUAUCUUCAAUAGCAAUGACCAUCAACAGACAAGUCACACACAGCACCAUCUGCUGAGAAGUAGGCGAUGUGACCAUCUACAUGGGAAGUGGUUAUAAGAAGAACUGGAGCAAGAAGCCUCCAUGCUGGGCCAACUGUAUCAAAACCACCUGUGGGAAGAGCAUCAAGUACCGUGAACCUCGGCGCAGGUUAUCCAUAAGAUCCAUCAAAUCCAUCAGCUCCAAGAAAAGCAGCGACAACUGACACCUGCUUUAAGAACUGUUGGAAGGUAGAACCUUCCAUGAUGAACCCAUUACAAGCAAUGAACACCAUCUACAACCACCAUGUGCUCUGAAGAAACAAGUGGCCCAAGUCAAGAAACUUGGGGAAUUCAUUCCUGCUGAGCUCUGUCAUAGCAGGCAUUGCCCACAAAAGCACCAACCUGGGGACACGGUACACAGAGAAUGCCCUCACAACUCCCAGCAGCUCAGCCCAUCUGGGAGUACCACUAGCUCAUAGAGAACUUGUGAUAUGCCAAAGAACCCAUGUCCCCAAAGAGCAUCACCCAUGGGAGAGUUGUACUUCCCUCUCUAGUUCUUUGAAGACAGCUACAAACCAUGUUCCAUCCAAGAGCAAAGGCUGGGAGCACUGUUUGUGUUCCUAUGUGGGUCUUAGAAAAGCAAAAGUGGGAAGCUAGGGACAGCCCUUUGUGCAGAUGGUUGGACCAUGCUCCCUAUGGUGGCACAAUGAUGUGGUUACUGCUACAUAGACUCAGAGACCAGCCCACCAGGAACUGCUGGAGUGGCAACUCCAGGCCAUGGAUGAAUGUUACCUAAGAGGGUUGGAGGCCUGAGACCCUGGCCCCUUCCCUUCUCAGAACAGUGGAACCCUUCCCCGAGCUAAACUUGUAGAUCUGGGGGACAACUGGGUGCACAAAGAGGCCAGAGGCAGCAAAACAUCUAGGAGGCACCAGAAGGAAAGUUGAGGGGGCCCGAAAGACAAUAAACAGUGUCUGGAGAGGUCA